UGAGUUGCCCGCAAAAGCUUUUUCACUCCACUUGAAUGAAAAUCUCCAUUGACGCCAUGGAGAAACUCCCCGUGUCCGUGUAAGCGGCCGCCGGGAAGUCCAACCAGCAGAGAGGGUGAAAGGACUUGGAUGGAAUGGACAGCAAAGGGAGCUCCCUGCCCUCGAUGCCCGAGCCGGCCAAUCCCGUCAGUGUGAAGCGACCGCCGGAUUCCCGCGGCGACCCUUCCCUGCUCAUGGACCAGGCCGCCGCCCAACUGGCCACCACCUUGCAAGACAGCGUGCUCCAGAAGAUGUCCGGCCACGCUCACGGCAACCACGGCCACGAGAGGCUCAAGGACCUUACGUCUCUGGUGCUCAACAGCGACCAGGACGCCGUGCCCAAGCUGUGCGCCGCCGAGAUGCCCGUCCUCAAGUGCGCCGAAGCCCCGAAUUCCAACGGCGGCCGUCAGCACUCGCGCGGCGAGCCGGUGCUGCAAGCGACCGUCCCCCAGGUGGUCCAGGCGCCCCUCUUUGAGCCGUGCUCAGCCGCCGGGACCGGCUUGUCCGCCGUUGUUGAAGGUGUGGCGUCUGCGCCCGAAGAAAGGCAGGAGGUGAAGAAGCGGCGGGGUAGACCUCACAAACCUAAACCUCAACCCGACCUCUGCCCUUCCUCCGUACGCGAAGAUGCUCUCGACGGCUCGGAUCCUGCUUUGGAGGCGGCGGAUGAGCCUGCAGUCGUCUCUGAGGCAUCAGCAGACACGAUAGAAGUGGCGCCUUUGCCCGGCAGCUUCUCUGUUGGCGACGUGGUCUGGACCAAGGUGGCGGGGUACCCCUGGUGGCCCUGCAUCGUGACCACCGACCCUGAACUCAACCAUCACAUCAAACCCAACGCUAAAAGCAGGCUGGGCCUCCUUUACCAUGUCCAGUAUUUUGGAGACGCUCCCGAGAGGGGCUACGUUUUUGAGAAGAACAUGGUGUCGUUCGCCUGCGAGAGCCAGUACCAGGAGCUCAGCCUGCGCAACAAGCAGCCGGCCUCGCGAGUCCUCCACAAAAAGACACUUCAAUCUGUGCCCUGUAAACUGCGGCCCCAGUGGAAGAUGGGCGUCAUCCAGGCCACGGAGGCGCUGGCCAUGUCGCUGGAUGACCGCUUGGCCAACUUCAUCUUCGUGUACGACGACAGGGGGCCCCACCUCAACCCCUGCAUCCUGGACAAGCUGAAGCCGGAGCCCGGCAUGGAAGCCGAGGCCCGACUGUUGAUGGGCGAGGCGGCGGCGGCGAAACACAGAGAACGGCUGAAUGGAGGCCAUCUGAAGAAGAACCUGCAGAGAAAGAAAAAGGGGUCUGACGAUGGGGGUCUACUGCAGGAUCACCUCACUGUGGAAGCGGUGGUACCGCUCAAGAAGAAGCAAAGGCCCAACCAACCUGGCUCCCCUUUAAAGACGGACGGUGGGAGGAACGCAUCAACGGGGCCGGCUAAGAAGAAGAAGAAGAAGAGGAGGUUAGGAGAAGGUUCGGCUCCAGGUAAGAGAGGGCUGAAGCAAAUCUCCAAAAAGACAACCGUGGUGGACCAGCAGCCCAAAAAGAGGCGAAAAAACUCCCAGGACUGGACUCUUGUGGGAGCCGACAAGGAGCCUAAGAAGAGGAGGCGGAAGCCUGGCAAAGAUGUGAAAGAAACCAAGAAACAACUAAAAAAGACUCAAGUGCCUCUUACAGAUGACCAAGAAGCAGAGAAACCAAAGCGCAAAAGGAAGCGGAAGCAGGAUGGAGAGGUCCUCGGUGAGCCCUCCAAGGCCAAAAAGAGGCGCUCGUCACUUUGUGCCGAAUCUGAGGGUUCUGGAAGUGAAGGAUGUCCCGAUUCUCCGAGCGACAGCCUGGAUGGGAUGAAGAAGGGCGAACGCAAGAAAGAGUUUGUCUGCCAGGUGUGCGAGCAGGCCGGUGAGGAUCUGGUUCCCUGCGAAGGUCAGUGCUGCGGAAUGUUCCAUCGCCACUGUCUGGGCGAAAGCUUCAAGCGCGACGACAAGCUGCUGUGUCAGCCGUGCAGCACGGGAGUUCACCCGUGCUUCACGUGUAAGCGGUCCGACGGCGAGGUGCGCCGCUGCCACGUUGCCCACUGCGGCAAGUUCUACCACGAAGUGUGCGCCCGCCUCAGCCCGCUCACUGUGUUUGACAACAAAGGUUUCCGCUGCCCGCUGCACACCUGCAUCAGCUGCCACUACGGAUGCCGCACCCAGCACAAGUCCAGCAAGGGGCGGCUAAUGCGGUGCCUGCGCUGCCCCGUGGCCUACCAUGUCGGCGACCAGUGUGUGGCGGCGGGCAGCGAGACGAUCGCCAACACGGCCAUCGUCUGCACCAACCACUUCAACGCCAAGAAAGGAUACAGCCACCACAGUCACGUCAACGUCAGCUGGUGCUUCGUGUGCUCCAAAGGAGGUCAACUUUUGUGUUGCGAGUCUUGUCCGGCCGCCUUCCACCCGGACUGCCUGAACAUCGCCAUGCCCGACGGCAGCUGGUUUUGCAACGACUGUCGCGCCGGCAAGAAGCCCAAAUACCGAGACAUCAUCUGGGUCAAACUGGGAACUUACCGGUGGUGGCCCGCGGAAAUUCACCACCCCCGGAACAUCCCCACCAACAUCCAGCACCUUCGCCACGAGAUCGGAGAGUUCCCAGUCUUCUUCUUCGGCUCCAAGGACUACUUCUGGACCCACCAGGGCCGAGUAUUCCCUUACAUGGAGGGCGACCGGGGAAGCAAGUACCAGAGGACCGGCAUCGGGAAGGUCUUCAAGACGGCUCUGUCGGAGGCUGAAGCUCGAUUCAAGGAGAUGAAGAUAAAGCGGGAAGCCAAGGAAGCGCAGGAGAAAAACCGAAAACCGCCCCCGUACAAGUUUAUCAAGGUCAACAAACCGGUGGGCAAAGUCCAGGUGUACGCCGCCGACGUGUCCGAGAUCCCCAAGUGCAACUGCAAGCCGUCGGUGGAGCGUCCGUGCGGCUUCGAGUCGGAGUGCUUGAACCGCAUGCUGCAGUACGAGUGCCACCCGCAGGUGUGCCCCAGUGGCGUGCGCUGCUGCAACCAGGACUUCACCAAGCGUCUCUACCCGGACACCAAGAUCAUCAAGACGCCCGGCAAAGGCUGGGGCCUGAUCGCUCUGCGCGACAUCAAGAAGGGCGAGUUUGUAAACGAGUACAUUGGCGAGCUGAUAGACGAGGACGAAUGCCGGGCCAGGAUCAAGUACGCUCACGAGAACAACAUCACCGACUUCUACAUGCUCACCAUUGACAAGGACCGAAUCAUCGACGCCGGUCCCAAGGGGAACUUCUCCCGCUUCAUGAACCACAGCUGUCAACCCAACUGCGAGACGCAGAAGUGGACCGUCAACGGAGACACGCGCGUCGGGCUGUUCGCCGUCUGCGACGUCCCAGCAGGCACCGAGCUGACGUUCAACUACAACUUGGACUGCCUGGGAAAUGAAAAGACGGUGUGUCGCUGCGGCGCCCCAAACUGCAGCGGCUUCCUGGGAGAUCGCCCCAAGAACUCCAGCGCUCUGGCGGCCGAGCCCAAGGGGAAGAGACUGAAGCGCAAGUACAGGAAACGGCGGGCGGAGGGCAAGAAGUCGGACGACGAGUGCUUCCGCUGCGGCGAUGGCGGACAGCUGGUCAUCUGUGGGAAGAAGACGUGCACCAAAGCGUUCCACCUGUCCUGCCUCAACCUCUCCAAGAGGCCCUUUGGUCGCUGGGACUGCCCGUGGCACCACUGCGACGUCUGCGGCAAGAACUCGGACGCCUUCUGCCAGCUGUGCCCCAACUCCUUCUGCAAGGCCCACCAGGAGGGGGCGCUGCGCGCCUGGGCGCCCACGGGGCAGCUGUGCUGCCAGGAGCACGACGAGCACCACCAGGAUGUCGCCCUCGCCGCGAUGCCCGCCGCCCGUCCCGAGGGGCCCGGGGAGGCCCGAGUCAAAAACCCCAAGAGGAAAGCGACGGAAGCCUAAAAGAACAAAAGUAAAGCGUUAAAUCUCGGUCGUCAGGGAACGA